AUGAGUUCAUUCCUAUCAAAGAGAUUCCUUUCAUUCUCUCAAAGAGCCAUGUCACAAGAAUCCUUAAAAUUCAAAUCAUUGAUUUAUUCCAGUCAUGAUUCUCAGGAUUGUACUAAAGUCUUGAAAGUUCAUAAUUACAAACCAAAGAAAGGGAGCGAAACUUCGAUCGUAUUGAAAACACUAGCUUUCCCGAUUAAUCCCUCCGAUAUCAAUCAGUUGGAAGGUGUUUAUCCAUCAAAGCCAGAUAAAGUUACAGAUUAUUCCACUGACGAGCCUUCUGCGAUUGCCGGUAAUGAAGGUGUUUUCGAAGUGGUUUCGGUACCAUCCAGUGUAAGCACUUUGAAACCCGGUGAUAAAGUUAUUCCAUUGCAAGCUAAUUUCGGAACCUGGUCCACCUACAGAACGUGUGACAAAGAAUCUGACUUGAUCAAGAUAGAAGGUGUCGAUAUCUACACAGCAGCUACUGUUGCCGUUAAUGGAUGCACCGCUUAUCAGUUGGUUAAUGAUUACAUCAACUGGGAUCCAAAAGGUAAUGAUUGGCUAGUUCAGAAUGCUGGAACUUCUUCUGUUUCUAAGAUUGUUACGCAAAUCGCAAAGGCAAAGAAUAUUAACACCUUAAGUGUCAUCAGAGAUCGUGAAAACUUUGAAGAAGUGGCAGAAAUAUUGGAAAAGAAGUAUGGAGCUACCAAAGUUAUUUCAGAAACUGAGAAUGGCGAAAAAGAAUUUGGUAAAGAAGUUCUACCAAAAGUUUUGGGGUCAAACGCUCAGGUCAAAUUAGCAUUGAACUCCGUUGGAGGUAAAUCAUGUGCUAACAUAGCUCGUAAAUUGUCAAAGGAUGGUUUAAUGUUGACUUACGGUGGUAUGUCAAAGCAACCAUUGACUUUCCCAACAGGGUUGUUCAUUUUUAAAGGAUUAAAAUCUCAUGGCUUCUGGGUUACUGAGAACUCUAAGAGAGACCCUGAAAAUAAAAUCAAGACUGUGAAUGAAGUUAUUGAGUUGUACCGUGAUGGUAAAAUCAUCUCUCCUAAAGAAGACAUCCGUGCACUCGAAUGGGACGUCAACAAUGCCUCGGACGAAGAAGUUUUACAAUUGAUCACCGAUGGUAUCAAAACAAAGGGCACCAAGAAUAUGGUCAUCUUGAAAUGGUAG